UUUUUAGAAUAUAUAACAAGUUGUAGUUGAAGUUACGCAAAGAACUACACAUCGCAGAAAUUGUUUUUUACUUAAUAACUAUGAUUCAAGGAUGUUGGAAAACUGAUGAGAAUGAUGAAGUUCGAAGAGCGAAAUCCGACAGAAAUCAUAACUUUUGUAAAACCUUGUAUACCGAAUUGUACUCUUCAAAAUGUAGCGGUUCGAAAGCUGUAUACAUUGAUAUCGAAGAAGAUAGACCUUGUGAUUAUGAUACCAGAGAAUAUUCUAAAUGGUCAGACCUACCAGAUUUGCUGUUGGAGCAAAUAUUUUCCUAUCUGGGAAUUCGGGAAAAAUAUUAUGCAAGUUUGGUGUGCAGGAAUUGGUAUCGUGCAUUUCAUUUUCCUUAUGUAUGGAGUAGUUUCAUUUUGGAGGAUAACACUUUAACUAGAAGCAGGUUUAACUAUUAUUCUGGAUGGCAGUAUGUUUUGGAUCAUGUACGUUGUCAGAUGUGCCUUUCCUCCGUUGGAAAGUUCUUCAAAUACCUCACAAUCCAACCGAUGUUCAACUUCUACAACCUUUACGAGUUCAUGAACAUGAUAUCCUGGUACACUGAACAACGUGAACGGAAAGAAAAUGUCGAACUGGGUGUAGGUUGCAACAUAAAAUAUCUAAAGUUUACAUUUCCUUGCAACAUGACAACUCGAGAAGAUUCUGAAAGAAUAAGAUUAUUCGGAACUGGAGGAAAAUUGCUUCAGGCACUGAAGCGACUGAUGGGAAAUUUGAAAAAGCUUCAAUUUUUGGAGUUGAUUGACUUGAUGCUCGAUCCACAAGAAGCCCAAUAUUUGUUGGACGAAGUGUGUGAAACAUGCUGUAUGACACUGCGGUCUCUACAUCUUAUCAACACUACAAGGGUGCCAUACCAGUUACUGCAUGUGGGAGUGUUCUUGAAUUUACAGGAAUUGUAUAUCAGCCCACAAAAUCUAGGAGAUGAUUUGAUUGAACUGAUAGGUUCUACCCGUCUAAGGCAUUUGCACAUCCUUCAAAACAGAUACACCCCCAAUGACGUUAAUAUCAGGCCUGUAUCACCAUGUAUUUGGAAAAGAUGUCGGAAAAGUAACACACUUCUUAGUGUUCACUUGCAAGUGCAGAGUAUAAAAGAAAAAACUAUUAUUUGGCAAGAAUGGGCUCCUGUUAGAACAGUUUUGUACGACUCACCACAUAUUGGCCUUAGAACGGAUGCUCUUUUGAAUGCAGUGGAAUUCUAUGGAAAGGAUUUGAGGAUUUAUGGACACAAAAACAUACCACGAUUUCACAGGUCAAAAUCUUUCAGCGAGAGAAUCGAUGAAAAUUUAAUGAUGCUCGUUCGAGGCUGCACGUAUCUAUCUACACUG